GGCAGCGUGUUUGCCGCGCAUGAGGCCGAGUGGCCGAGCCAGCGAGGCUGCGUGUUGGCUGCGCAUGAGGCCGCGUGGCCGAGGCAGCGAGGCAGCAAGGCAGCGUGUUUGCAUGAGGCCGAGUGGCCGAGGCAGCGAGGCUGCGUGCUGGCUGCGCAUGGGCCAAGUCUCUCAAGCGACGCCAUAUCUCUCCUUAUGCAUGCUGUGGCCGAGGAGCUACUUGUGCAUGCAUAGAGGAAGUCUCGGGCAAGCCGUGGCCGAGGAGGUCUCGGGUAGGCUGUGGCCGAGGUGUUCGGCGCGGGCAGGCUGGUCGCGCGCAUGGGACCGAGGAGCCGAGGCGCGCGGGAUGGCCGCGCGCGUGGGGCCGAGUGGCCGAGACGCUCGGCGCGGUCGGGCUGGCCGCGCGCAUGAGACGCGGGCGGUUUGGCCGCGCGCGUGGGACGCGGGCGGUUUGGCCGCGCGUGAGGCGCGCGUGGGACCGAGGGGCCGAGGCGCGCGGGCUGGCCAGAGUUGGAUCCCCCCUUUCCAACUCAGAUUAGUAGGUUUAACCAAUUGUCAGUUGGGACCUCAAUUUCCAGAUUGGUUGCAGUUCCAAACACAGAUCGAAGAAUUAUAUUUGGCAGACUGUAAACUUGCAGGGACAAUGCCCGCUUGGUUUGGGAAUAUUUCAUCUUCUACCAUCACAGAUUUAGACCUUUCCAACAACCAAAUAGGAGGCAAGCUGCCAUCUUCUUUGAACUUCACCAAGUUGGAAAUAUUAUAUUUGGACUCCAACAGAUUUGAAGGUCCAUUGCCAACGAUGCUACCAUCUACACUUGAUACUCUAUUCCUCUCCAAUAAUUCCUUUACGGGGCAAUUGCCGAUAUGGCCUGAUGUUCAAUCAGUGGCACUCUCAGAUAACAUGCUUGAUGGUGGUUUAUCUUCAUCAAUCUGCCCAUGGACAUUUCUCAAAUACCUUGACCUUUCGAGCAACAAAUUACUUGGUGAGAUCCCUUAUUGUAUGGGAAAAUCAUUACAAAAUCUUUAUAUCUUGAAUUUGGGCAACAAUCACUUCUCGGGUGAAAUUCCACACACGAUCGGAUUUUUAAGUGGGCUUUGGCAUUUGCAACUAAAAAAUAAUAGUUUUUCAGGUGAGCUUCCUUUGUCAUUGAAAAAUUGUAUAGGGUUACGGUUUCUUGAUUUGGCUCAAAACAAUUUUGUCGGAAGUAUAACGCCAUGGAUAGGAGAUAAUCUACAACAACUGGUAGUGCUUCGUCUUCGUUCAAAUAUGUUUUCAGGAGUUGUUCCUUGGCAACUUGCUCGAUUUGAAAAGCUUCAAAUAUUGGAUCUUGCGAAUAACAACUUCUCUGGUUCAAUACCUCAAAACAUUGGAAUGAUACCAUCUGGUAAUCAACUCCAAACUUUUAUUGAUCCAUCCAUCUAUAUGGUUAACCUAACAAAUGUCAUACGAACGGAUCGCCCAACCCAAAUCAUCUGUGCAGGAUUCGUGAGCAUCGACUGUGGCGCCACUCGUGGCAAUACCGACUCCGAAACUGGAAUACUGUACCGAGUCGAUGAAGGAUACAUCGACACGGGUAGAAACGUCAGAAUCGCUGAAAGGUACAUCGAGGAUCCUACAAAGCUGCAGACGUGGUUCACCGUUCGAAGCUUUCCCGAGGGAACUCGCAACUGCUACACCCUUCCCGGGUUGAAGGAAGGGGACAGGUAUCUCGUAAGGGCCUCCUUCGUUCACGGCAACUACGACGGCCACGCCUCUGGGGACUCCGUCGCCCCACCGCUGCUAUUCGAUCUCUAUGUCGGUGUCAACCUCUGGCAAACCAUCAACAUCACCGAGGUGUACACACUUUACGGGGCCGAGAUUAUUACUGCCGCCCCGUCCGACUCCCUGUCGAUAUGCCUGGCCAACAUUGGUUUGGGAGCGCCGUUCAUAUCUUCGCUGGAGUUGAGGCAUAUCGACAACCACCUGGCGUACCAGGACGCGAAUCAAUCCGCUGCACUAGUGUUCCACAGUCGCUACAACUUGGGAUCCCUCACCAACGACACCGUCAGGUAUCCAGAAGAUAAAUAUGAUAGGACAUGGGAUCCUUGCAACAGUUAUAUUAUUGGUUGUAAAACAUGGAAUUUUAUGAGCAGUACUUUGGGAAUCAAGACCACUCGUGGUGAUGCUUAUGAGGUCCCAGGCAAGGUCAUGGGGACUGCAACUGUUGCUGCAGAUAAUUUUACAUUGCAAUAUUUCUUGCACUAUGGCCUCAAUUCGAGUGUUCAAACAACAUUCUAUAUCUAUUUGCACUUUGCUGAUUUCGACUAUUUAAGUGGGAAUGGAAGUAGAAUUUUUCAGGUGAGAGCAGACGGGGAACCCGAUACUGAUAACAUCAGUCCUGCAUAUCUACUGGCAACUCAUGUCCAUUUCGUCCAUCGGCUGGCAUACCCAGGCUUAAAUGGUUAUUUUAAUCUGACAAGGGUGGCCGGUUCCACCCUUCCCCCCAUCCUCAAUGCUGCUGAGGUUUACAUUCCUAUUAAUCUUUCAGUUUUGGCAACAGAUGCAGCCGAUGCUGAUGCUAUGAUGGGGAUAAAGAAAUUAUAUCAGAUGAAGAUAUGGCAGGGUGAUCCUUGUGCUCCGCAGCAAUUCAUUUGGAGUGGAGUAAAUUGCACCUACUCAAGCUCUGGUACCCCAAGAGUCACCUCAUUAAACCUCUCUUAUCAUGGGAUGGGUUGAAUGGUGCUAUACCAAAUACUUUUGCUAAUCUGAAGGCCCUUAACUAUUUGUAAGUUUCUAAAUUUAUCGUCGGAGGCUGCUGGCUAGCAACAUCAUGCAGAGAACUUGAGAACAAUUUGUAGAUGUUGCAUGAAAUUGACUUGUUACCCUUUUACA